AUGAAUGAAGCCAUACCUUGCAAAAAACAUCCAAUUUUUUUUACAUAAUGGGUUAGGAUUCUUUAAGAGAAUAUUGAUUUCGGAUGUAUCAAGUGUUUAGAUAAAAUUAAUGAUCGCGCACAUAUUCUAUAUAUACCGGAAGUAAAUUAAUUAAACAUCAAUAGAUUAUUUAAAACCCAAGUAUUCUAGUACCUCAUAUUCCAGUUGAAUAUUAAUACACAACCCUUUAUAACAAUUUGAAUGACUUUUCAGAAGAAACAUUAGAAAAAUAUUAUGGAUAAUUGGAAAAAUCACUCAUUUUUUUAUGCGAAUAUCUAAAGAAUUUUAUUCAGAAUGGAAGAGCCAGUCUAGAGGAAUGCAAAACGAAAUUUAAAGAAUCCAGAGAAAUGCUGUAUUAAGUAUAGAAAAGUUCUAUAUUUUUUAGUAAUUCAAAAUACAUGAAAUUUACUAAUUAAUUAAAGAAUUAGGUUUAUAAGAAAAUGAAGAUGUUUAGGAUUAAAUAGAAAAAAAAUUGAAUGAUAUAAGAGAAAAAGUGAAUGAAGAUUUAUUGAAACAAUAAAGCAGCAAGAUUAAAACCAUACUUAAUGAAACCUAAUUAGCAAUAUAUAAGUACAAUAUUUUAGAUAUUUUAGAUUUAAUUUAAAUUUUAAUAUAUAAAUCAAAGAAAUAUCAGUUUAAAUCGAUAGAAAUGCAUAAGAGUUAUAAAAUUACUUCAGUACAUCAUUUCACUCUAUAUAUUAUGCAAGAUAACAAUUUAAUCCUUAUAGCACAAACUAAAACUUAUAAAGAAAUCAAGAAUCUAGAUUAUGGGUAUAAAGCCAAAGUAAUUCAGACUUUGUUUAAAUGGAAAGAUCCAAGUUUUCCUUUUCAGACAACAAUCUCCCUUAUUAUAGUUCAAUGAUUUUACCACAAUACUAUUUUGAAUACAUUUUAAAUUAUGCUAGUGAUUAUCAAAAUAACAAUACUUUUUUGAAAGCCUAUAGUAUAUUUGAGCCAAAAAAUUAAGAAAUUGUAAAUGGAUAGCAAUUCUGGAAUUAGAAUCCCAAUUAAUGA